AUGGUCUCACGCGCGCGCUUCCUGCGCGCCGUCCAGGCGCCGGCGAGGCAUUUGACGAGAAGUAGCAGCGCCACCAUCACCAGCACCACCAGCAGGUGUGGCCGAAUCGCGGCCGCCGGUAUCGCUCCCGCCUCAACACCCUAUCCAGCCUCGCGGCGGUGUCUUUCGACAACGGCCCCGCGCCCGCUGUUCGCCCGCCCGACUCCCGCACGCCGCGCCAAGCUCACUGCCGAGACGUACCCGGAGCUGAAGCGCGAUGACCGCUUCGCCCGCGUGACGCCCCAGGACGUGGCGUUCUUUCGCGACCUGCUGGGCGAGGACGCCGCCGUAAUCGAUGGGGUUGAUGGCAAGGCGGAGUCGUCAGACCUGGAGCCGUUCAAUGAGGACUGGAUGCACAAGUACCGCGGGCAGACACGGCUGGUCCUGCGGCCGGCGUCCACGGAGCACGUCAGUGGCAUCCUGCGGUACUGCAACGAGCGCAUGCUGGCGGUGGUGCCGCAGGGUGGCAACACGGGCCUCGUCGGCGGGUCGGUGCCUGUCUUCGACGAGAUCGUGGUGAGCAUGGCGCGCAUGAACCGCAUCCACUCUUUCGACGACGCCAGCGGGACGCUGGUACUCGACGCCGGGUGCGUGCUCGAGGUGGCGGACCAGUUCCUCGCCGAGCGCGGCCACAUCUUCCCGCUCGACCUGGGCGCCAAGGGCUCGUGCCAUGUCGGCGGCAAUGUCGCCACCAACGCAGGCGGACUGCGGCUGCUGCGGUACGGGAGCUUGCACGGCAGCGUGCUCGGCAUGGAAGCAGUGCUGCCCGACGGUACCGUCAUGGACGACCUGUGCACGUUGCGCAAGAACAACACGGGCUAUGACCUCAAGCAGCUGCUCAUUGGCGCCGAGGGCACCAUCGGCAUCAUCACCAAGCUGGCCGUGCAGUGCCCGCAGCGCUCGCCCGCCGUCAACGUCGCCUUCUUCGGCAUCGAGUCGUACGAGAAGGCUCAGCGAGCCUUCCGCGAGGCCAAGGCCCAGCUAUCCGAGAUCCUUUCGGCGUUUGAGCUCAUGGACGCCAAGAGCCAGCAGCUGGUGCACGCCGUGCGCGGCGAGAAGCGGCCCCUCGAGGGCGAGCAUCCCUUCUACUGUCUCAUCGAAACGAGCGGCUCCAAUGGCGACCACGACUACGAGAAGCUGGAGAAGUUUCUCGAGGACGUCAUGACAAACGACGUGGUCGCUGAUGGCGUCGUGGCGCAGGAUGCGACGCAGAUCAAAUCCCUCUGGAGCUGGCGCGAGAGCGUGCCCGAGUGCAUCGGCCACUGGGGCGGCGUCUACAAGUAUGACGUGUCGAUCCCGCUCGCGGACAUGUAUACCAUCGUCGACGACGUCAAGGCGCGCGUCGAUGAGGCUGGCCUGCUAGGCGACACGGACGAGUUCCCUGUGCUGGGCGUCAUUGGCUACGGCCACAUGGGCGACUCCAACCUGCACCUCAACGUCGCCGUCCGCCGCUACGACAAGGAGGUGGAGCGCGUGCUCGAGCCGUACGUCUACGAGUGGAUCGAGAAGCGCAAGGGCAGCAUCAGCGCCGAGCACGGGCUGGGCCUCGCCAAGAAGCCGUACAUCAAGUACAGCCGCAACGAAACCAUGGUCGGGCUGAUGAAGCAGAUCAAGAACCUGUACGAUCCGAACGGCAUCAUGAACCCGUACAAGUACAUAUAA